UCUUAAUUUCCUUCGUAGAAAAACAAAACUCAAAAUGGGGAUGAGUAGAAUUUCUCUGGCAAUAAACUUCUGUCUCCUUGGCCUAGCAAUAGCCCAAAAUUCCCCACAAGACUACCUCAAUGCUCACAACUCUGCUCGUGCAAGGGUCAAUGUCGGUCCCAUGAGAUGGGAUGACAGAGUGGCUGCCUAUGCAACAAACUACGCCAACCAACGUAAGGGAGACUGCAGACUGGUGCACUCUGGCGGUCCUUAUGGCGAGAACCUAGCAUGGAGCAGCGCUGAUCUUUCGGGCACGGCUGCCGUGAACUUGUGGGUGGCGGAAAGGCCUAACUACGAUUACAACUCUAACUCUUGUGUUGGUGGGGAGUGCAGGCACUAUACUCAGGUUGUUUGGCGCAACUCAGUUCGUCUAGGGUGUGCCAAGGUACGCUGCAACAGUGGCGGUACCUUCAUCACUUGCAACUACGAUCCUCCAGGCAACUAUGUCAAUCAGCGUCCUUACUGAUUUGGGGAUUCUCUCCAAGUUAACUUAAUCUCUAAGUAAUAACAAGUUAUGCUACUGUGAGAGCUUUGGAUGUUAAUUCGGAUGAUAAAUAAAAUGUCCAUCCAAAGAAUAUGGUUAUGUGGGCGACACCAUUAAUUACUUAUGCUUGAUUUAAAAUUGCAUUUCAAUAAAUUUUUAAGACAAAGUC